GCCGAGAUUAUCGAGAGCCACGCUCGUGAAUCGCACACGUCGAGGCUACUCGAUCGCCAUACGCAACUCGCGCUUCAUUCCUCCUCGAGCGGCUCUCAAUCUAUGUAUGAGCAAGCGAGAUAGCCAUAAAAAUCUUACUCGUUAAUCAUCUCGAUCGCGAAAUACAACGCUUUCACGACGGUAAUCAUCCCUUUGCUUUAAAUUCGAUGAAGAACAAUUGAGGCUAAAACAAGACAUGUGAGACGAAAGAAAAAAAGCUAUCGGCUAACAUUUCAAAGCUGCUUGUUAUCCAAAUUCGGGAAAGAUGCUGGCAGUUCUUCCCUUGGAUGUUGCUUGACUGCCAAGCAGCGAGUUAGAAAGGUAACGGAUGGAUGCCCGAGGCACUUUGAAUUUGCGAUACGCAGCUGGUCGAUGGAGAUGCGCAGCUACGAUGCGCACAAACUCGACAGUGCUGUGGUGCGCGCGCGCAUUAAUGCAAUUUCAGAAGCGACGGGUGCGCUCUCGCGGGCAGACGUUGAGUGGAAGGAAGUGGAGGUGGUUAAAAACAAGAACAAAGUCGAAGGUAUAAUUGUGCUGCGAGAGCAUCCUAAGGAGACCUGGAGCCACAAGCAUGUGGAGCCCGACGCACGUCCAAGUGAUCGUUCAACGUGCCAAGGGUCUCAUUACCAAGGGAAAGAACAGAACGAACGACUGUUUCGUAACAAUCGCACUGGGAAAGGAAAAAUAUCAGACAUCCGUAAAAGAGAAGGCGAGCGAAAAUGUCGAGUGGCACGAGGAAUGCGAGCUACAGAUACCGCAGCAGGGCAAUACCGCAGAAAUUAUUCUCACAACCCUCCAUAGGAACUUCAUCGGAGUUGAUGAAUUUCUCGGCACCGUUCGCAUACCGCUCUCCAGUUUCGAUAUCUACGAAAUGCCGAGAAACAGAUGGUACGAGCUGAGCGGUAAACCUGGCAAAGAGAACACAAAAGAAAGAGGCAAACUUGAGGUGCGAAUUUGUUUUAUCGUGCGCGCAGGUAGUCUGACUGAUUUGACAAAAAAGGAGCGACAUAAGAGUUCAUUGGGUCAGCUAUCAUCAGUAGCUCAAUCCUUUGGAGGUAGUCUUCUGAGCAUCGCUAGCUUAGAGAAGCGCAAAGGUCUGAAAAAGCUUGCUAAAUCUAUCGGUGGCAAAGUACGUGGCAAGAGUCAAAAUAAAAAUAAACUUGAUGAUAUAUGUGAUGAAGAGGAAAUCAGGGUAGGGGAGAGGCCUCGAACCGCCGGCCAGGAACACGGAGAUGCAGACCCCGGCGUUAUCAGUGACGAGGAUGACGACUUCACGUUUGAUGACCUCUCGCACAAAAGCUCAACAUCGUCUCUAAACUCAUCGGCAACACCAAACAACACCUGGAAGAACAACGAAGUUCUAACGCGAGACAAUCGUAAUAACACAUCACGUCCUGGAACCCUGGGUAUAUAUAUUGGUUCGGAUAAUAGACAGUCUGAAACGCAAACGGUCGUCUUCGGAAGUACGCCGCCGUCCAAGCCACCACGCUUCGUCCUCGGCUCCAACGGUUCUGGUAGCUUUGCUAUCAAAUCGGAAAACCAGCAGCAACAAGGAAAUAUAGCCGAAGACGAAUGGGGACAAAAGCUCUACGGGUUUCAAACUGGUAGCGCUCUUAAAAGGUGGGAGAACAAACAAACGAGCCCGAAAAUUGUAAUCGAGGGGCCGCACGAAAAUACAGAUACAACGGUAUCGGAACGCAGCACGUCUCCACGAUCUUCGCCUAUCACGAGAUUGAGCAACGAAAUCAGUGAUUCAUUACGAAUCCAACAAAUGCGUAAAGACAAGGACAAACACAAAUUCAUUAAGGAGGCUGAGCGCAAGGAACGCGCUAAAGAAAAAGGCAUCGGUAAGCCAUCUUCCGAGAGGAUCAUUAUCGGAGGUGAGGAGUCAGCUAGCCAAGCUAUACAACCUGGACGAUUUCCCCGAGAAAUUUCCGACCAGUUCGACGGUAAAUCACGAGAGGAUCUCAUUGAAUUGGUACUUCAACUUCAACUUGAUGUGUCAGAUCAGAAAAAACGACUGCACGAUCUGGAAGAUUACAUUGAUUCAUUGCUCUUAAGGGUGAUCGAAUCCUCGCCGCGCCUCUUACAAAAUCCUUAUCAGCCAACGCGUCGACUUUCAUCACCAGGACACCAGUGAUAAACCUACUUAAUAAUCUUAUUUGUCUUCCAAAAAAACUGCUGACAUAUCUGUACAUAAAUUAAAAAAAAAGAUAUACUAAUAGUGACGUCCUUUUUUUGAGAUUUGUAUUUGCAAGUAAGACGAAAGCUCUUCAAAAAAAGAAAAGCAGGCUGAGGAAUAUCCGUCCGAAAUUCUUUAUAUUCCUAAUUUCCUAUUUCCCUGUAUUUGAUUUUGUUCUUAAAUAAUAUAUUUUAUUUUUAAUAUUAAUAUAAACAAAAUAUAUGUAUGCAUGUUUG